AUGUGGCAAAAACAAUAUCGAGUUCUGUAUUGUGACGGCGCUUAUAAUAUUAGCUUCAGCGGACUCGGUAUUCGCGAAGCUCAUUUGGGAGGGCGGUGGUUCGUGCCGAAAGAAUACAAUGAAAGCAAGACCUAUAGCACCAGUGCCGGUCACCCGAGACACGAAUCCAUCUCAGUAGAAAGCGAGAAAGUGGAAGAUAUAUCUGCGCGAUGUGGAUAUAUUGCGCACGAGACCUGCUGGCGCGUCCUCGAGAGAAUAUAUGCCCCACGGCAAGUCCCAUGGACAUGUCUGUGGAACACGUUGGCAUCUUUGCAAGGACUGCUGUCGAUGAAACGAUUACAAGGCUAUGAUCAAGCAGCUUUAGGCAGGGCUGCAACUGUCAAAUUCUCUCAAGAGCUAGAGGUCUUGAUGAACCAGGAACCACAAAUACCUCCGGCGAGAGCUACAGAGGUAACGCCGCCCGAGGUUUCCAUUGAUAGUUUCACUUGCCUGCCGGUUGAGCUAAGGCUUCUCAUCGUUGACCUGCUGGAUAUUUCGGACGCGCUCAACCUCCGACAAUCGUCCAAAGCUUUUGCAUUCAUCUUUUAUUCUCAGACCUUCUGGGGUCAGAGAUUCGCAUCUGGCCACGAGAGGGCCUGGGUUUUUGGAUUUACAGACCAGCGACCCCUUUCAUUGCCCGACUGGAGGUCUCUGUACAAGCUCACGGGUUCAAAUUGCACGCCAGGUCUCCGACGAAUGAAAUAUCUAUGGCCGUUCCUUCGAAAUCUUCAAGAUAAUGUACCAAAUGAACCUAUCUCAUCUUUCGCUGAGGACGCCGUGUGCGACUCUGACUGGAACUGGCUCUAUCUCCCGAGGUUUUUUCGUCAUUCUUGGCAAGUCUCAUAUCGCCAAAAGGUCCAUCUCCCCACUCCAAUGGUGGCGAUGCGCAUUCAUUUUGUCAAAUUUUGUUCACAGUUUAUCGUCGCCGGGAUCGCUUUUAGAACGGCUUGCGGGGUGACAAAAAAGAUUGGAUAUUCAACAUCUUGGUCAAAAACGGUUCAAUUUGAAGGCGAUCCCAUCGGUUUCGACUUUGAAGUCACAGGAGAUGGAAUUGUUGACAUUCGAGCAGCCUAUCCCGAUAAUACAGAAUCCCUAUCCGGUUGGCCAGCUGAUGUUGAGGACGUAGCUCGGGAUAGGUUGUCUCUCCUCAUUUCCGGAAGAAUUGGCGGAGUAGAGGGGAUCUUUGAUGGCUUUAGGCUACUUGAGCUGAAAUUGUCUGGUAUUGAGGAUUGA